AUGAUCCAACAAUCCUCUUGUAUCGACAUGCCCACCAUGUCUUCCUCAAUAAGGGAAGUACCCGUCCAGCUACCGAAGAGCUUCGACCGACCCGACGAGCCAUGGCACCACUACAUCAAUGUCGACCUGAUAUGGUACGUCCUCGGAUACACGGUCUUCCAUCCGUUCGUAUCAUGGGUCGUGGUCUUGUGUCUGCGCGCGCAGUACACGCCUUAUGAGAACAUCGAGAUGCGCAUUGCCAUGGCUUGGGCUAUGCUCAUGACCGUCACCGGUAUCUUCGGGCUCAUCAGCGAUCGGAUCGCAUGGGGAUCACCGCGCGAGGUGGACCUAGAGGAAGAGGUUAUUGUCAUAACCGGCGGUGUUGACGGCCUCGGCGGACUAUUGGCAGAGACCUAUGGAAUGCGCAAUGCCAACAUCGCCGUCCUAGACAUGAAGGAGGUUGACGAAGAUGAGGCGGAGAACAAGGGCGUGGUUUACUACAAAUGCGACGUGAGCGAUGCAAAGCAGGUUGAAGCUGCCGUAGCCAAGAUUGUCGACGACCUCGGCGCUCCGACGAUCUUGAUCAACAACGCUGGUAUGGUGCAGACCAAGUCAAUCCUCGACUCAACCGCUGAAGAUGUGGAGCGCACCUUCCGUGUCAACACCCUGUCUCAAUUCACCACCCUCCGUACAAUCCUCCCGCACAUGCUGAAGGAAGGCCGCGGCACCAUCGUAACCGUCUCCUCCGUCCUCGGCCACCUCGGUGCAGCCAACCUAUCCGCAUACACAGCUUCAAAAGCGGCCCUUUUGGCGCUGCACCACUCGCUUCGCGCGGAGCUUGCACAAAACCCCGCCGCAAAGGACAUCAAGACAAUCCUCGUACAACCCGGUCAGAUGGGCACAACCAUGUUUGCAGGCCUCAAGACCCCAAGCAACUUCCUAGCGCCUGUGGUUACGCCUGCCGAUAUUGGAAAGGACAUCAUCAAGCUGAUUGAGCGGGGUGAGAGCGGCGAGAUUGCGCUGCCUCUAUACUCAAAGUAUAUCCAGAUCCUUGGUGUACUGCCUGUCGGCGUGAAUCAUCUUGUGCGGAAGUGGAGUGGCAUGGAUAAGGCUGUCGGUAAGAUGGGUGAAAUGAGGCAGAGGCAGAGUCUGAUGGAGAAGAAAUAA